AUGUCUGUAUGUCUUUUCUCUCUCUCUCUCUUUUCUCUCUCUCUCUCUCUCUCACUCUCUUUCUAUCUCUGUCUUUUUCUGCCCCCUCCUUAUUAUUCUAUUUCACUCUCUCUAUUUUUAUUUUCCUGUCUCUCUAUUUCCUCUGUCUUUUCUGCUCUCUCCUUAUCACUCUGCUUCCCUUCUUCUCUUUCUCUCUCUCUCUCUCUCUCUCUCUCUCUUUCUCUCUGUCUUUUUCUGCCCCUCCUUAUUAUUCUAUUUCACUCUCUCUAUUUUUAUUUUCCUUCUGUUCCUAUCUAUCUAUCUAUCUAUCUAUCUAUCUUACAACUAGUGACGUUUAACUUAAUCUGUUCCUAUCUAUCUAUCAAUCUACCUAUCUAUCUAUCUAUCUAUCUAUCUAUCUAUCUAUCUAUCUAUCUAUCUAUCUAUCUAUCUGAAUCUGUUCGCGUCUAUCAGAUAACUUCUCUCUUCGCUUCGCUUCAUUCUCUUUGUUUCUCUACCCUCAAGUCUGUUUCAACAAUUUCUAACAGCCUUAUUCUUCCUAUUUUCCUCACUUUCACUUUCUCACAGUCACAUUCUCACUCUCGCUAUCUAUCUAUCUAUCUAUCUAUCUAUCUAUCUAUCUAUCUAUCUAUCUAUCUUUUCCCCUUUCUUUAUAACAGUCAAUUUCUGACAGCCUUAUUCUUCCUAUUUUCCUCACUUUCACUUUCUCACAGUCACAUUCUCACUCUCGCCAUUCAUCUAUCUAUCUAUCUAUCUAUCUAUACAUAUUUUUUUAUUUUUUUACCUUUCUUUAUACCAGUCAAUUUCUCCCUCGGCGUCAUUAUCGUUAUCUCCCCUUCCUUUCAGUUUCUCCCCCUCUCGCUCUCGCUCUCCCCCUCUCUCUCUCUCUCUCUCUCUCUCUCUCUCUCUCACUGUCUUUCUAUCCAUCUUUAUCCUCUCUCUGCAUCUCUCUUUCUUCUUUCUUUUUCUACAUUUUCCCUCGCACCUUCUGUCUGUUAUAAGCUGCAUCCAUUGUUCUCUUUCGCGCCUCUGAACGCUCUCUUCCUCUCGCUCUCUCUCUCUCACUCACUCACUCCCCCCACCCCUGUUUUCUCUCCUCGCUGA